AUGUUACACUUCAGUGUUGUGAACUGCAGAGGUCUUCCUGAUAAGAACUCCGAUGGAAAACUCAACACAUAUGUUCAAGUAGAGGUUAGGGAUGGUGAUAAUAAACUCAGACUAAACAAAGACACACAAGUUGUUGAAAAAUCCUUAAAUCCUGAGUAUCCGACUGAAUAUUUCUCAGUAUUGAAGAAUGAAUGUUCUUCUAUUAAGUUCAGUGUUAUGGAAGAAGAUGGGAUUGAGCCAGUUUGCUUCUUAAAACUGAAACUUUUUUCAUUAUUACCAAAAAUGGGCAAAAUUUUAACAAGAGAAAUGUUAGUUAGCAAUCCAUAA